CUAUCGCAGCAAGAGUAUUCGAGAUGUAUCCAAUCGCCGCACUUCUAUCCCUCUCCGUCUUAGGCAGGAUGGUCUUGGCCCAGGACGCCACAUGCACGGUGACGUCAUACGACCAGGUGGCCAACGCGUUGCCCAACUGCACGAACCUUAGCAUUGGUAGUAUCAGCGUGCCUGCCAACUAGACCUUGAACCUCAGUUUGACCAGCGGCGCCAGGUUAACUCUUACGGGAACCAUUACUUUUGGGUAUUCCGAGUGGAAGGGACCCUUGGUGGUCAUUAGAGGCACCAAUGUCACUGUCACCCAAGCCCCCAACUCGGUAUUCGACGGCGAAGGUGCCAAAUACUGGGACGGUUUAGGGGAUAAAGGCAAGGUCAAACCCAAAUUCCUUAGGAUUCAGACAAGAGGAGGCUCGCUCCUCAAAAACGUCAACCUGUUGAACUGCCCGCACCAAUGCGUAUCGAUCAAUGGUGCGGAGGGUACCACUUUGCAAAACUGGACCCUCGACGUGUCCGCAGGAGACGCAAAAGCAUUGGGUCACAAUACCGACGGUUUCGACAUUUCUGAUUCAACCAACAUCAAUAUCGAGACUGCAAUCGUCAAGAACCAAGACGAUUGCGUCGCCGUGAACCAAGGGGCCAAUAUCUAUCUUUCGAAAUUGACCUGCUCUGGGGGUCACGGGCUCAGCUUGUCCGUCGGGCAGAACAACGGAUCCGAUAAUACGGUUCGCAACGUCACCUUCGUAGACUCGUCGGUGUCGAACUCUCGAAACGGUAUCCACGUCAAAACCCACACCGACGGUGGUACCGGUUUUAUAAAGAACGUCACCUACAGGAACAUCCAGAUGACAGGAAUCACCAAUUACAUCAUCAACGUGCAGGAAGAUUACGCGGGAGGCGGUUCGACCGGUACUCCCAAGAACAACAUCCCCAUCACUGGGUUGGACAUAUCUGAGAUAACCGCUACCACCAGCGGUACCGAUUGCGUACCUGUCUUUAUUUUGUGCGCUGCCAACGGCGGCUGUAGUGAUUGGACCUGGGGUCGGAUUUCGUACAGCGGAGCCUCCAAGCCUAAUAACUGCACCAACUUCACUCCAAUUGGAUUCAAAUGCUCAUAAAUUUUUUGUAAUAAAUAUUUUAGCAGAGGAAGA